UCUUGAUUGCAGACGGUAAAAUCAGCGUUGAAACGUCUAUGACGAGUCAACAGCUUGGAAUGGAAAACUGCGGCAACCUCCUGUUACUGUGCAACACAUCUGGGGCAGAGAGUGAAGCCAUGAGAGACAAGUGUCAACAACCAACUGAAGGGACUGGCAGUGUCAAAAUCAAGAUAGAAGUUGAGGAUAGCAACAGCAACAGUGCUGCCAUGAACAUCCCCAAGCUGGAAUCAUCACAUCAACAUGUCAGCACUGGUUGUGAAAAUGAACAAGCCAAAGAGAGACCUGCUGAAGGGAACUGUAACAAUAACAGGCUGUCAGUCGAAGGCAGCCACACUGGAGUUAUCAUGAUGAAUCCUUGUGCAACGAAGCAUCCUGUAAUGUCAGAUGGAAAUGCUGAACAAAAUGGAAAUAUGAUAUAUUUUACUAAUGGAAAUGAUGACAGUAUUGACGAAAUCAGUACCCAGAAUAGCGAUAAAACAUUGGAUCCUUCAACCACUGGAUCCUCAUUUGAGGCAUCCAACCCAGAGACCUGCAAUUCAAGCUACAAAGAAAGCUCUUUAACACAGAACAGCUCCCUCCAAACUAGUGGCCUUGAUCAUUCAAUCAGAACUUCAAAACCUUCACAACCUGGAGCAAAGUCAACAUCAGGUGUCAGUGAAUUCAUCACAUCACUCUCCUUUGAUUCCACUCAUAUUGCAUUUGAGAACAAUGUGAAUCAUGCACUGAACACAAGGAAUCAAAAGAUGGUCCCUGAAAUGGAGUCUCUCAGUCAGCCAACUCUAUAUCACAAUGCUCAAAGUCAUGACAUGUUUCCCCAGCUUCAGAACAGGUGUUCCCAGCAAUCUGUCCCGGACACAUUGUUUGUACCCGUAGAUAACAACUGUGCAUAUGAUUCAGUUCCUGGCAUUGAUGCAUUUGGACAGCCUGUUAUGUCUCAGCAAAUGUCAGCGAUGCAACACCAUACCCUUGAUCAGGCUCGGCUCGGGAUGUCAGAAUCCCUGGGUAAAUCUGCUCAUUCAACCUGGAGCCAGCCAGGUACAGACACAUCCUUUGGAUGUCCUUUGGCUAGCUCUACUCCUGAUGUUGGAGGAAGGCAAGUCUCAAUGCCAAAUCGUGGUCAGAGAAACUUCUUCCAGGUUGGUGUACCGGCUUACCAGAACCUUCAAGAACCACGUUCUUUCUAUGGGCAGGAGAGAUCAAGACAUCUCGCACCAGAACAUAUACAGUGGAUGGCAAACAAUGUGCCUUCUGUGCCUCCACCUGGACUGAUGUACAAUCAGGAUCAGGUUCUAGACCGGAACUGGAAUGCAACUCCUGAAGGAGAAAGUAUGAUACCAGCAGAUUCCCAGAGGGCCCAAGUUCCGCAGACACACAUGUAUGUUCCUCCUCAGCAGUCUGCACCUCUGGAUAUGUCACCCAAAAUUAACCAGCCAGGUGUCAAUGGCAAUAUUUCCCAGAGAAGAAUGUUGUCUAAUUCUGAAUGUAUGAGGGAAACCACUAGAGCUGCCAAGAGAAAGCAGAGCACAAGUUCUGAGGAUAUCAUCAAUAAUCCUUAUCAACAUGCUGACAAAUCUGCCAAACUGGCACCAAGUUCUUGCAACAAAGCUGCAGAAAAGUACCAGAUCUCCACAAACGUCCACACUCUUAAACCUCGUCAUAUGAUCUCCUGGUACAUUGAUCAUCUGAUACAAGAGAAUGAGAACAUAACACAGAUAUCAAAGUCCUACACCAUCCCUGUCAACAUAUUCCAGAGUAAGGACAUGUACUUCAUGGAAGCCCUGCUGAAGAAGAUCAAUUUCCCAACACAUAGGUUCCUCAACUGGAUGCAUAGCAACUUCCCCAACAUCAAUAUUAAUGCCGUUGAUUUUGCUGAAGGGAGACAACCCUCCACCUUCUUCUCCCACCAGGAAGAAAUGUUGCCAGGCAGACACAGGAAUGAUAUUAUCAAGGAGACUUUCUUCUACUUCCAGCAGCGGAGGAUCAACUGAGUUGUGGAUCUGCUGUUUCACAAAGGCCAUUCUGCAUUCACCGCUCAUCCAAAGGAUCUGACCCCAGUUGAAAGUAUCUUUCAGGCUUUGGGAAAAUUAUUCAUUUCACAGUUUAUUGAUUAUAUGUUAUCAUUCAUGUGAAUGCCCAGAAAAUUCAUUUGAUUUCAAUGCCUAAAUCUUUCAAAACCUAUUUGAAAUAUCUCAUGUACUGAGAAGUUGAAAUGUUUUGUUCUUGAAAACUUGUUGCAUGUUUGGUUUGUAGCAUCGGCUUGUGUAUCAAUGUAUGUCAUGAACAGUGUAUGGCAUGAAUAGAGGUGAAACAAUCAGUUAUCUCAAUUGCUAUUAGUUUGUUCCUCCCUGAAUACAUUAAACCAGCUGUUUUUGAUGUUUCACUGAUGUAGGUACUACAUCCAAAUUCACUGGCAUGUUUGCAUUUCAGAACAGCCAGGUUGUCUUGAGAUAUAUUCAUGUUCAUUUCUGUAAGUUUGAAGUGUUUGUUGUCAGUGACCUUUAUUAAAUUCUGUUUAUAUUUA